AUGAAGAAGGUGAUCUCGCUUCCAUCGAGCCCUGCCGCCCUUCGCCGAUUCUCUCCAUCAUCUUCACAUUCGCCAUCAUCCUCUACACGCUCCUCCUCUACACACAACAACAAGACCACCUCGCCAGCGCUCAGGCGGCCAUCGCCCAACAGUCACCACCACCACAAGCCCAACAACAAGAAGAGCGCCAACAAGAAGAAGCUCUCCCUCUCCAUCAAGCUCGCCGCCAGCAGCGACAGCGAAUGGGGCCGGACCGACGACGAAGGCGAUGACGAUGACUCCACCACCACCUGGGGCUCCAGCGACGAAGACGAGUGGGAGAGCAGCUUCGACCCGUUGUGGGUCGUCGACGCCGACGAACUCGAGCUCCACCGCCGCUGGACCGACCAGAACGGCAUCACCACCGCUGGGCAGCCGGCGGGCGUCAUCAAGGGCAAACCGCUGCGGCGUUCGCCGUUGGCCACCAACUCGACGGUCUCCACCUCCCUCUCGCUGCCGGCCAGCGAACACCACCCCACAGCGCAGCACCUCGACGUCGGUGCCGGUGCCUGUGCUGACGUCAGCACUUCCCGGCCGCCGUCGCCCUCGACCACCGCGACCGCGACCGGUCAUCAGAUCUCCUACGCGCAGCUGCAGUCCGCCGCCAAUGCAGCGUCUUCUGCGGCGGCGCGCCAUUCGCCCUCCUCUUCACCGCGAAAGCCGGUCGACGUGCCGGCCGGUUCGCUUCUGCCGGCGCUCGACCUCGAUCGUGUGGUGUCGUCGCCCGUCUCGCUGGGCUCGUCGAUGUCGCGCCGAAACACGAUCGCCACCCCGCGCGAGGCUCGAGGAGAUGCGUCGUCGGCGGCCGCUGUGGUGAGCCAGUGGAAAGUAGGGAAGAUCUCUCCGCGCGGCGACGACGACGUCAAGAGCGAAGCGACACCGGCUCAAAAGAACGAAAGCGAAGAGGCGACCGUUGCCAAAUGGAGCCCACGGCGCUCGGAGCUACAGAUCUCCUUCGAGCGGUUCGAGGCUCGACUCGCCCUCAAGAAGCAGCAAUCCGCGGUGAUCGGAGUUAAAACACCCGAAUCCAACGAGCAGCCGCAGCCGCAACGCGACCAGGGCAAGACGGCCAACAGCAAGCGGAGCGGUUCGAAGCGGAAGAUGAAGAAGAACGUGCGGAGCCUCAACAAGGAGGAGACCGACGCGAAGAGGAAGAAGAAGCGGAGCGAGGCGGAGACGCGCCGGACCUAUCGACGCAGCCAGGGCUCGCCUCCGAUGCUGCUCCGCUCCGCCGCCGCCGCGGUCGAGAGCGACAGUGACAGCAGCGAAGUAGCCGGUUACCUGGCCGAGUGCGGCGGCAGCGAGACGGAGAGUGAGGAGGAGAAGAGAGCUAAGGCCAGCAGUGCGCCGGUCUCGCCCCACUCCUCAUCAUCGUCGUCGAUGUCGUCGUUGGCCGUCAUCGCCAGCCUCGCGCUGCGCUCGGGCGGCGGCUUCCCACUUAACAGGUCGCGAUCUUCCGAAGUGCAGGCGAAGGCCAGGCGCACGAUCUCGAAGGAGGACAAGAAGCGCGACGAUGCCAAUAACGUCGGCGCCGGGGCCAUCUCUACCGACCACCUACCUGCCAUCGCCACUGCCACUCCUUUGCCGCCGAACAACAACAUCAACAGCAGCAGCGUCAACAAGGCCAGCAGCAACCACACGCACGACAGCUCGGCGACUGACAACGCCGAGCUGACGUGGAAGACGAUCUGGCAGGAUCCGCACGAGGGAGAGACCGAGGGGGCGGUCACGCUGACGUCAUCAUCAUCGUCGUCGACACCACCGCUGACGUCGUCGCUGUCGGCCAACGAGGCCUCGACGCGGAAGGCGCUCAAGCGCGGGCUCGAGGGGCGGAGCGCGUCGCUCCCGCCCGUGCCCUCGCGGCCGCCGCUCGCGCCGCCCUCGUCGCCUUCGCUCCCGCCCCACAUCGAGCCGCUGCCCUUCCCGCCCUUCGCCACCUCCCCGCCCGCCUCGCUCAACCCGCUCGCGUCGCCGCCCGCACCCGCCCCGUCGUCGUCGGUCGCGUCGCCGUCGCUGCGGCACCGGUGCCGAGCCGAGAGCAGCGGCGCGCCGCAGCAGCUGAUGCUCGUCCCGCCUCCGCUGUUGCCCCAUGUGUACCAGAAGCAGCAACAGCAGCAGCUCCUGCAUCACCACCCGCACCGCAGCUUGGAGCGCGUGCGCACCGUGGUGCUGUCGCCGUCGCUCGCCACUAGGCAGCCGCUGCGGCUGCAGCAACAGCGUCAGGCCGGUCUGAGCGUGGUGUCUCUAGGCUGCUCGAGCAGGGCCGCGGCCGAGAGCGGCGAGAUCAACACGAGCUCGUUCUUGCGGUCGCAGAGCGAGGAGAUCAGCGCCCGCUCGUUCGACGACGACUUUGACAACGGCGACGAUGACAGCGGUGGCGUCGACCAGGUCGAUGAUGGCCUCCACGAGCGCAGGCAGGUGACCAGUUGGCGUGGGCGGAGCGGCGGUGAGUGGCGCAACCGCAGCCGCGAGUCAGGGUUUCACCACCAGAGCGACGACCUCGCCACCCGACGGGCACGAAUCGAGCGCGCUCGCUCCUUCGGCGGGGCAAAGGCCGACGCCGAUCACUGCGACAGCGGCGACGACGACGACGACGACCUCCUCCUAUUCGUCAGCGAUGAUGACGACGAUAGCGUUUUCGUCGACGACGAGGUCGACGGCGGCGAAGAGGAGGAGCACUUGAUCGAGGCCGAGCUGACCUCCUUCCUCAAGCGCACGCGCAGCGGGAGCCACAAGCCCCUGCGCGACUUCAGCGGGUCCCUCGAGGGACGACGCAGCCCGCUGACAGUGCGGCUGGUGCCACAUCACCACCAUCACCACCACCACCCCCACGCCUCGAUGACGCCAACGACGCGGGACGCAUGUGGCGACGAGCUGACCAUCACCGACGGCGGGCUCGAGUCCGGCGAGUCGCACACGGCCGGCGGCGCGUCGAGGGACUCCGGCCACGAGCUUCCUUGCCGCAGUCCUUGGGGCAUCACCAUCGAGUGA